AUGAGUAUUGCUCUUAAAAAUUGUAGUACAAAUAAAUGUAUUUACUUUUCUGCAAUGGAAUCUAGCAUUUAUAACGAGAAAGAAGAAUUAUUUAAACUUCCAACACUUUCUUUCAAUAAUAAUGAUAUUUUUGGUUGUGGAUUAGUUUAUCCACCAACUAAUAAAAUGAAUGAAGAGUUUCCUUAUGUUUUCUUUACACAAAAUGGAAAACAAAUUGGUAAGGCUACAUUAUUAAAGGACAAUUCUGACUCAUAUAAUCCAUAUGUUAUGGUCGUAAGCUGUUCAGUUGAAGCAAAUUUUGGGAAUGAUUUGGAGACGAAGCCAUUUAAAUAUGAUAUUUCAAAACAUUUAAUUGUUAAAGAAUUUUACUGA